AGGAGGAGGACAAGGCCAAGGCGGCCGCAGAGCAGGAGGAGGAGGAGGAUAAGGCCAUGGCAAAGGAGGAGGAGGAAGAGGAGGCAGAAGCAGAGGAGGAUGGCGAGAAUGAGGUGCUGGGAGAGGAGGACAAGGUUGACGAGGAUGAGGCAGCAGCAGAGGAGGUGGAGGAGGAGGAGGAGGAGGAGGAGGAGGAGGAGGACGACGACGAGGAGGCGGCGGCGGAGGAGGAGGAUGAUGAGGACAAGGCAGUCACAUGGGAGGAUGAGGAGGGCGAGGACACGACGAGCAUGAGGUGGCGGCAGAGGAGGAUGAGGAGGAGGGGGGUUGGGCAAGAAGGAGGUGAAGAUAUGAAGGCAAUUGAAUGGGAAGAGAUGAUAACAACCAUGAAAGUGAGUGAAAGUGGGGAAAAGGGAGAAACUACUACUGUUUUGCUCUAGAUCCAUAGAAGUUGUUGAUGAAGAGGGGGAGGACUAUGAGAGCCAAGAGGAAAGAUCACAAGGCAGAUGGAAGAAGAUCAAAAGGAAUCAAGAGCAAAAGCAAUU